CUCAACGGCGCGCCAAAAACUGAAUCCAGCCUGUGGGCGGGGCUACGGCCUGGACACCACUAAAACGUCUCAGCGUGCGUAUCCAAUCACAGCACGGCACCGGAGGACACCGCCAAGAUUAGUUUGAUGGCUAACUCAGCAGUGUAGCUGGGCUCCGAUAGCUAACCUCCACAGCGAGGAGCUAGCCUGUCUCACAGCACCGAUAAAGACCAAACUCAUAAUGACGACGCGGGGUGCGGAAACAUAGCUGAGGGAAAGCAGACGAGAAACCGAGCCGUGCAGCAGAGAAGACGCUCUUGCAGCCUCUGCAAGAGCCAAACAUGAUGGCAAGAGAUUGUGGCCUGAAAGAAACCAGUGGAGAGCUGAAGGUUUUUACCACUCAGAACGUGAGUCCUGGAGCAGGUGCUGUGGUGUCUCUUGUGAGUGUCCAUCCUUCUGUUACCGGCGUGAAGCAGAUAAUGCCUAAAGCACUCGGUGCCCCUGGCAUUAAUGUGCUUUCGCAUGUGGUGAUUGGCACUCCUCAGAGGCCCACAGCUCCUGCUGGUGCUGCUCUGUUAAGCAGUCCCAGAACUCCCAGUGCUCAGUUCCUCACGCCACAGACACAAGUGCGAGAGUCUUCACCCUGGUCUAGUGGACGCAGCAGUAGAAGAGGGGACAAGAAUGGGAAAGGCUUGAGACACUUCUCCAUGAAGGUGUGCGAGAAAGUUCAGAAGAAAGGAGUAACCUCCUAUAAUGAGGUCGCAGACGAGCUGGUGACGGAGCUGAGUUCUGGAGACAACAUCUCUCCCAAUGAAUCUCAUGUGUAUGACCAGAAGAACAUUCGGAGGCGGGUAUAUGAUGCACUAAAUGUCCUAAUGGCGAUGAACAUCAUCUCCAAAGACAAGAAGGAAAUCAAAUGGAUCGGCUUCCCAACCAAUUCUGCUCAGGAGUGUAAGGACCUGGAGGCCGAGCGCCAGAGGCGACUUGAAAGAAUCAAGCAGAAACACUCUCAGCUUCAAGAACUUAUACUCCAGCAAAUAGCCUUCAAGCGCCUGGUGCAAAGGAAUCGUGAGGCAGAGCAGAAGAACCACAGACCUCCUCCCAACACAGUCAUCCACCUCCCCUUCAUCAUAGUGAACACCAGCAAGAAGACCAUCAUCGACUGCAGCAUUUCAAAUGACAAGUUUGAGUACCUGUUUAACUUUGACAACAUGUUUGAGAUCCAUGACGACAUCGAAGUACUAAAACGCAUGGGCAUGGCGUUUGGGCUCGAGUCGGGCAAAUGCACACCAGAAAAUCUGAAGAUAGCCCGGACCUUCAUACCUAAAGCUUUGGAAUCCUAUGUAACAGAAAUGGCACAGGGGGUCUCGAGACUGCCCAGUGAAGGCUAUUCUCAUACAAACAGUGAUCACAGAGCUGUUGCGACUGUGGCCUCCAGUUCCAACAGCUCAUACCACGGCAGCUCUCGUGACACUCCGGCAUCCUUCCUGGAAGACGAGGAUGAGGACGAAGAUGAGGACGAUGAGGACUUUGAUGAAGACGAUGAUGAAGACUAACUCGUUUGCUCUGCCUUUCCCUUUGUCAGUACCACCUACAGCAUGGUGGUGUGGAUGGAGUGACAUGUUUGUUCUAAUGCCUCUGAAAAUCUGCAUAUGGUUGUAUGUUCUAGCAACCCUCCAGUCUGCUGAGCAAAGUGCAGCUGCCUUGUAAAGGACCCCAGUGGUGCUUUGAAAAUAGGUGUUUUUAGUAUUGUUUUGGUUUUUUCCCCCUUAAAGGAACAGUCCACCGUACUUCCA